UUCCUAUCUGUAAAACCUUUCCUGCAUUCUAGAGAGAGAAACUGCAGAAUUCUAGAGAGAGAAACAGGAAGAGAGAAGACGAUAUACAUACACACGAACACCUAUACAUACACACACACACUAGUAAAACACAAGCUUCGCCGUUAUUAACACAAACCGGAGCUCACAAACUCACACACAAAAUCGUAACCCUAAUUAGCGAAAUCGUUACACCGAGAGUGAACAUCGGGUUUCAAAUCACAUUCUUUUUUUAGCAUAUCACUGAAAGCGAAAGAAAAAGGCCCCUCUAGUAACAAUUAGAACUUGUCAACUAUAACAAUUCUCAGUGGUCAUUUAUCAUAAGCACCGAAUGGAGCUUGAAGCUUCAACUCAAGAACCGGCUAAUUCACCUUCCAUAUCCGAAAGCAAUCCCGACGAGAAAGAAAUCAGUGACGAUGACGACGACGAUCGCAACCAUAAACACCGUAGACGAGACGAUGCAAGAUCUCAAUCACAAGAGAGAGAAGCUGUUGAACAAGUAUAUACUAAACCAUAUAGAAGAGGAAACAAACCAUUUGAAAACGGGCAUACUUACAGAGAAUCAGGCUCUCAGUCCAAUCAUAUGGAUUUCAAGUUCGAUAAACGAAGACCGUCGGAUUUAAACUCGAGAAUUAGGGGUAGAGGUAGAGGUAGGGACCCCGGUAUUUGGAAUCAACGCGAUAUUGCGUCUCAGAUGGGUCCCGGUUUGUUCGGUGGGCGGGGUUUAUCGACUGUUUCGAAUGCGUACGGUACAUCGUGGGGUGCGUUCGGGUUGGUUCCAGGGUUACCGAAUGGUGGUAUGGAUCCACUACAUCCUCUCGGUUUACAAGGAGCGUAUAGAUCUAUUAAUCCUUCUAUGAACAUGGGUUUGGGACUUAAACGUCAAAGGUGUAGAGAUUUUGAGGAACAAGGGUUUUGUUUAAGAGGUGACAUGUGUCCAAUGGAGCAUGGUGUUAACCGUAUUGUUGUUGAAGAUGUUCAGAGCCUUUCUCAGUUUAAUCUACCGGUAUCACUUCAAAAUGCAAAUAUUCCCGGAGCUCCAGGUGGAUCAGUAAAUUCAGUUAAACCAUCACAUGGAAAAACAAACAUACGUGGAGCGGGUCCCAACGCGGGCUUAAAGGAUACAUAUAUUGAUCCUGCUGGCGGUGUUGGAGCUGACUUUUACGAUCCCGAUCAGCCUCUAUGGGGGAACGAUUCUCAAUCAUCACCUGCAUUACAGCCGAUAAAUCAAUCUAAGGGAUCAUCUGUUGAUCAUCGUGUGGGCCCGCUUGAUGUCUCCGAUGAACAUGUGGCCAAGAGUGGCGGAACCGCUAUUGGAAGAGUUAACAGUAUAAAAAAGAAAACAGAAUUGAGAGAAAAUAUGGUUUCUAAAGCAAAUUCUUCGACUGAAAAACGCAACGAUGCAAAUUCGUCUCUGAAAACGCAAACUGGAAGUGGAAAAAAUGUUCCGAAGCAUUCUCAAAAGGCACAAUGCACGUUGUUUGUGAACGGUAUUCCACUCCAACAGAACAAACGAGAAACCCUACUUUCACAUUUUCAUAAAUUCGGUGAAGUUAUCGAUAUUCACAUUCCUUCAAACGGUGAACGAGCUUUCGUUCAGUUUUCUAGACGAGAAGAAGCAGAAGCGGCUCUCAUGGCACCUGAUGCUGUAAUGGGUAAUCGUUUUAUUAAAUUAUUUUGGGCCAACCGUGAUAACAUUCCAGUUAAUGGAACAAUCAGUGGCUACACUGUGCCACCUGUCGUUCCACGUGGCAUGCCGGUUUCAUCAGCAUCACGUAGUGAGACAAUUGCCCAUGGUUCUGAUCACCCGAAGUCCGUUAUCAACGCCCCGAAACCACCUCCACCGUCACAAAAGAAGCUUGAGAAUUUAGAGGUUUUGAAGGAGGAGCUUCGCAAAAAGCAAGAAAUGCUUGAUCAGAAGAGAAAUGACUUUCGCCGCAAGUUAGCCAAACUUGAAAAACAAACUACCACUCUAAAAGGCGAGAUAGAACCUGAACAGGUGGCGAAAAAACCGAAACUAGGAAUUGUAGCUGAUUCUGCAAAAACUGAAACUGUUUUAUCUUCAGCGGGAGCUGAAUCGAUAGGUAACGGGAACAAAUCUUCGGAAUCUUCUGGGCCACAAAGAUCGAAAACAACGGCCACAGUUGCACAACAGGAAUCGCUAGUGUUGAAACCGUCACUACGUCCAUUGCCGCCUGUUGGUCCAUCAGUUGUGAUCAAUCGAUUCAAACUGGACAACCGUCCCACCGCGUUUAAGAUCACUUCAACUCUGCCAAAUGAUCUUGCCAAUGUUGCAGUUUUAAAGGAACACUUUUCACAAUUCGGGGAUCUUUCUAAGGUGGAAAUAGAUGAUCCGGAGCCUGCAAAUAGCAAUAACGAUCCUGGAACCGGCAAAUAUUCAGCUCGCGUAUAUUUCAGAACCCGACAUUCAGCUGAAAAAGCGUUUUCAAGUGGUAAAUGCUGGAACGGUCACGACUUACAGUUUUCAUGGUUUAAAUCUAGUAACCCUGGUAUAGAUAGUGAAAGUCGUUUAUCCGCCACAAAAGGAAAUGUAGAUGCUUCUGUUGGGUCUGAAAAUAUUGAACAAAAGGACAUCAACAAAGAACAAGUGGGACCCGGUGAAAGUAAUAACGCGAGCUAAACUGCAUUUUGUCACGAGUAAACAUUCUGAUUCUGUUGACGAUUAGCUUGACGGUCGGAGUUGUACAGCGCAAUUAAUGUUAAACACACUGCAUUCCUCAUACUGGAGCACCGUAAUCUUGAAUGGUGGUUGCUGCAAGCAGACGCCGCUUGAAUUGUAGCGGUUCGUCAAUUCUUUUGUUGUUGAAACCAGGUUAAGUUUGAUGGAAAUUUUUUAUUGUUUUGUACUUGGAACUUUCUAGUGUCUUAUUUUGUUCUUUUUUUUAGCUUAAAAACCUCUGGUUAGCACCCAAUAUGUCGAUUAUUUCUUCCUUUUGUAUCAACAGCGGCAAUUAUAUUUGUAAACACGUUUAGUUCACUACAAAGAAUUGAUUGGCACUUUGACGA